CCUGACCGUCGAGUGAGAACAAAUCAUAACUUGCUUGUUGAUUGAUAGUGGAUGCGAGGUUAUGGAGGUGACGUACGGGCGUGAGGGAGACGAAGGAGCAGAGGAGGAUGGAGAAAGAGGAGGGGGAGGAAGUGCACAAGGAGGGCGCUGGGGAGGAAGUUCUCCAGACGGUCACUGGGGGAACGAUGGCGUCUACGGGAGGAUGAUUCUAGGAUGUGGGAGGAGGGGGAGGAGAGCAGCGGUUUCGGCUGCGACUCCUUUCGCACAUCCACCCAGUUUCUCCCACCUACAUCAUCCAGUUUCUCCCACACGGCGACUGAAUGGAGGAGCAGAACGGGGACCAUUUCUGCCGACGUGUCCCACCUGGUACCAGGUGUCUUUUCCCCUGCUGGUAUUUUUCCUGUUCCAUCUGUCGACGGAGGUGAGAGGAUCGAACCUCCCUCAUUUCGACUGGCGGGAGGGUUUCUUCACACUCCGGUUGUCACGCAGUGAACAACUCCACCUGACUCUGUGCGCAAAGAGCCGUUCAGCGCGGGAAACUGUGCCACGUGUCGGUUUAGCAGGCAGCAUUCGCGCCACCUGCACGUUCUUCUUGACAAGCCCAGAUCUCGAUCCAAAGGGGCAUCCCGAUCCAGCUGCACCCAGACGUCCGCACCCAGACGAUACCACCGAUGGGAUCCCUGCCACGAUUGCAGCGACUUCCAUAUCGUCUGAGAGUCCCGAUCAUAGAACGAGCAAUCCGAUGACCUGGAGCUGUCUCACCUUCACCUCCGAGGGGUUCUUCAUUCCCGCCAAAAAACAAGGAUGGUGCAAGCCACCUGAAGAUUGGUGCUCCCGUUGUGCUGAUGUCUGGAAGUUGUCCAUUACAUCUUCUUCUUCUUCUGCUUCUUCUUCCUCUUCUUCUUCCUCUUCUUCUUCUUCUUCUUCUUCUUCUUCUUCUGCUGCUGCUGCUGCUUUUGCUUUUGCUUCUUCUUCUUCUUCUUCUUCUUCUUCUUCUUCUGCUGCUGCUGCUGCUGCUGCUGCUGCUUUUGCUUCUUCUUCUUCUUCUUCUUCUUCUUCUUCAAGUACAUCGCGUUCCAAUCCCGAUAAUCGGAUGUGGAUAACCUCUGUUUCUAUAAAUAGAUUGCGUCGUUUCGAUGCAGACAAUCAGUUGUGGAUAAGAUCUUCUUCUACAAAUGUAUUGCGUCGUUCCAAUCCCAAUACUGAAUUGUGGAUAAGAUCUUCUACAAGGCGAUUGGCUGUCAAAAAUCCGGACAACCAGAUUUCGAUCCACAUGGCAGUCAGGCUACACGGGUUCAAUAGCGAGUUGCAGGAGGGAGUCUUCUGCUCCACACACCGAGGAGGAGGAGUCAGCGACUUCAUCCUCCUUCCCCCCUCCGACUCUAUCUCCAACUCUAUCUCCGUUCCCAUCUCCAUCUCCAACUCCAACUCCAUCUCCAACCCCAUCUCCCUCUCCAUGAACCCGGCUAGAUCACGGUCGGAUCGCCACACUGAUAUGAAAAAAAAGCUCGAACACGACGGUAUUGGUGGGAGGAGGUGGAAUAGGAAGUCUCAAGAUUCAAGCAAUAAUAGAAAAGUCCUCUAUACGAAGAUGGAUAACCCCCUCGAUGCAUCUGGGAGGUCGAUCUGGGAAGGGAGGAAGAAAAAGGAGAACGCUGUGCGCCGCCCACUGGGUAAAAGAGUAGUAAGAGAAGGAAGAGGAGGAGGAGGAGAAAGAGGAGGAGGAGGAGGAAGAGGAGGAGGGGGAGAAAAAAUAGGAGGAGGAGGAGGAAGAGGAGGAGGAGGAGGAUAUCAUAGGCGUAUGCAAGCUGUGGGUUCAGAACGGUCGAACAAGGAGAAGUGCGAUGGCCGGUGCCAGGCAGCAGCGAUAGUGCUAUUGGUAGUACUGAACUCGCCGGGGAUUAUGUGCUUUGUGGGGUGUGUGUACGCAUUUCGAGGGAUCAUUAGGAGCCUAGUAAAUGGGAUUGCAAGAUUGUUGGGGUUGUUUAUGCUUGGGAGACUGAUCGGUAGGGGUUGGAAUGAGAUAGCGGGUCGAUGCAUGGGACAGCGAAGUCGUGCGGGAGCGGGAGAAGAUGAGCUCGACCGAGAGGUUCAAGCAGGAGGAGGAGGAGGAGGAGGAGGAGGAGGAGGAGGAGGAGGUAUGGUUGGUAAUAGCAAUCUGCAAGGGAAUAACGUCGGGGAGAUAGGCAGUGGUCGUCGGGACGCAAACGGCCACGUGGAGAUGACGCAGCCAUUGAGCACGAACGUGGUCGUGAUCGUCUCGCCCAACGUGCAGGACUUGCCCUGGCUAGGGAUCAAAGAGGAUGAAACGCCGAGGAGAAGAUGAGUCGCUAUCACUCUCUGGAGCUCUCCGACUGACCCGCCAUCUCUCCCAGCAUAGAACGUUUCUCUGUCACGACCAUGUUCCUCUCUGUGUGAUAUCAGAUACUGUCUGCGUGCGUGCGUGCGUGUGUGUGUGUGUGUGUGUGUGUGUGUGUGUGUGUGUGUGUGUGUGUGUGUGUGUGGUCAUGUUCGCUGUACACAACUGCACAACAAAAAAGCAUGAGUGUGCCAGACUGUGUGGGUGGGUGGGUGUUUGAGGCUACACGUACGUGUGUGUUUGGGUGCAUGUGUACGCGUGGGUGUGCAAGCCUGUGUGCGUGCGUGUGUGUCCGUCCGUGCGUGCGUGCGUGUGUGUGUGUGUGUGUGUGUGUGUGUGUGUGUGUGUGUGAUAUUCUCACUAAGACACGUAGACUUCCUCUUUGUAUAAAUUGUAGAUUGAUUUUUUUUCCUUUUUUGUUCUGUUCUUUUGCUUUGUAUAGGCAGAUUUAUUGAAGUUUAUUCUUAUGUGUUAGGUCACCCACAGCUGUGUAGAUUUACGAUUUUUAUCAUUUUUAUUAAAUUAAUUUACCCAGACUGAGUGUCGAGGGUCGUUAGAACGCCAAAAGUUGUUUGCCGUGCCGUGUGCAGACAGUGGCCCCGUCACAGUUCCUUUGCUGUGUCAAUUUGAGUUGGGAUAGCAUUUUUAUUAUCAAGCUGUAAAUUCAAUAUGCUUCUGAUCACCGGUGAUUUAUGGAAUGAACGUGUCUUUCUAAG